AGUGCAGAGUCCUGCAUCUGGGAAGGAACAACCCCAUGCACCAGUACAGGCUGGGGGUCGAACAGCUGAAGAGCAGCUCUGCAGAGAGACCUGGGAGUCCUGAUUGAUAAUAAGCUAAAUAUGAGCCAGCAAUGUGCCCUCGUGGCCAAGAAGGCCAAUGGCAUCCUGGGAUGCAUCAAGAAGAGUGUGGCCAGCAGGUCAAGGGAGGUUCUUCUUCCUCUCUACUCUACCCUGACAAUCCAAUGGCAGACCAAAGGAUGGACAUAUCUUCUACCAUUAGUGACUUUAUGUCACCAGAUCCUGCUGACUUGAUCUCCAGUUCCCUUAGCACUUCAGGAAUGGAUUGUAACAGGAAAAGAAAGGGAAGCUCUACUGAUUAUCAGAAAAUUGCUGUCCAACCUAUUGCUGUCACUUCAACAAAGGUUGGCUGUUCUGCACUAUGGGAAGGUAUGGAUACAGAUAAAGAUGACCAACAUGGAAGACUGGAGUAUGCAGACCAACAAGGCAGAAUAAAAAAUGCAAGGGAGGCUCACAGUCAAAUUGAAAAAAGACGUAGAGAUAAAAUGAACAGUUUUAUAGAUGAACUGGCGUCUUUGGUACCAACGUGCAACGCCAUGUCUCGGAAGUUAGAUAAACUCACGGUGCUGAGAAUGGCUGUCCAGCAUAUGAAAACGUUACGAGGUGCUACAAACCCAUAUACAGAAGCAAACUACAAGCCUGCUUUUCUAUCAGAUGAUGAAUUAAAACAUCUUAUUCUCAGGGCAGCAGAUGGAUUUCUUUUUGUUGUAGGCUGUGACAGAGGGAAGAUACUGUUUGUUUCAGAAUCUGUCUUCAAGAUCCUCAACUACAGUCAGAAUGACUUGAUUGGUCAAAGUUUAUUUGAUUACCUUCAUCCUAAAGAUAUUGCCAAAGUGAAGGAGCAGCUCUCUUCUUCUGACACUGCGCCACGAGAAAGGCUUAUAGAUGCAAAAACUGGACUCCCAGUUAAAACUGAUAUAACACCGGGGCCAUCACGACUGUGUUCUGGAGCAAGACGGUCCUUCUUUUGUAGGAUGAAGUGCAAUAGACCUUCAGUGAAAGUAGAAGACAAGGAUUUUCCUUCAACCUGUUCAAAGAAGAAAGCAGACCGCAAAAGCUUUUGCACUAUUCAUAGUACAGGCUAUUUGAAAAGCUGGCCCCCAACAAAGAUGGGACUGGAUGAAGAUAACGAACCAGAUAACGAGGGCUGUAACUUAAGCUGUCUGGUUGCGAUCGGGCGGCUGCAUCCUCACGUGGUGCCCCAGCCAGCCAACGGCGAGAUCAGGGUGAAGCCUACAGAGUACGUUUCUCGGCAUGCAAUAGAUGGGAAAUUUGUUUUUGUAGAUCAGAGGGCAACAGCCAUCCUGGCAUACUUACCCCAGGAACUUCUAGGUACUUCGUGUUAUGAAUAUUUUCAUCAAGAUGAUAUAGGACACCUUGCAGAAUGCCAUAGACAAGUUUUGCAGACAAGAGAAAAAAUUACAACUAACUGCUACAAGUUCAAAAUAAAAGAUGGCUCUUUUAUUACAUUGCGGAGUCGCUGGUUCAGUUUCAUGAACCCUUGGACCAAAGAGGUAGAAUACAUUGUCUCAACAAAUACAGUCGUUUCCACCAACGUACUGGAUAGUGGGGACGUGGCCUUCCCACAGCUCGCGGCUUCUCCACACAGCAUGGACAGUGUGCUUCAGGCAGGAGAAGGUGGCCCCAAAAGAACCCAUCCUACUGUGCCUGGCAUUCCAGGUGGGACGAGAGCUGGGGCAGGUAAAAUAGGGAGGAUGAUUGCCGAAGAAAUCAUGGAGAUUCACAGGAUAAGAGGGUCAUCACCUUCUAGCUGUGGUUCAAGUCCACUGAACAUUACCAGCACACCGCCACCUGACACGUCCUCUCCUGGAGGCAAGAAGAUCUUGAAUGGUGGCACUCCAGACAUUUCUUCAGCUGGGUUACUGUCUGGGCAAAUCCAAGAUAACUCUGGUUACCCAUAUUCUGACAACUCCUCCAUUCUUGGGGAGAACUCCCACAUAGGCAUCGACAUGAUCGACAACGAGCAGGGCUCCAGCAGCCCCAGCAACGACGAGGCCGCCAUGGCCGUCAUCAUGAGCCUUCUGGAAGCAGACGCGGGGCUGGGCGGCCCCGUGGACUUCAGCGACUUGCCGUGGCCCUUGUAAGUGAUGCAGCUGGCUUCAUACUAUCAAAGUGCAUUUACUGGUGGAGUUCUACAGUCUGUGAAACUUGUUGGACUGAGAAGCUUUUAUGUAUGGAUUUCAUAAAAGCUGUAUGGGAAUGCAACUCAUUCUCCCACGUGUAAGUUCAGACACAGUGGAAUAACCCGCUCCAGUGUUGUGUGGUGAUUGGUUAGCUGUGGAUAGCUUGCAAUACUUGUAUAUUUUGGAUUCUGUUGUUUGAAAUGUUUUUUUUUUUAAAUCACUGUGCAACUCACUGGCAUCAGUGGUAGCUUUUAUAUGCAAAUGACCAUUUCAGAUGUAUGGUGUGUUUUUACACUGCAAAACGGUCCCCAUGUGGAUAUUUCUUAUACUAAUUGUACCAUAAAGCUGUUUAUUCUUUCUUGUAAGAAUCCUUUACUAUAAAUAUUGUUAAAGUGUAAUGUAUUAGACAGUUAAAUAUUUUUAAAAUAAAUGUUUCCCUUGUUCUAAGAUGAAGCAUUUACUUUGAUAAACAAAUUUGAUAACAGCCUGCAGAAGGUGCAUGCUGGAAGCAGCUCCUACUGUUUCUUCAGCCUGGGGGGAAAAGGGAGGAAAUACAAUGCCUUGCCUCCAUUUAUGAGAUUUCUGUCAGUGAAGUUCACUGCCAGAGGAGCUUAACUUUACUUUCUCCUGAAUCAUAUCCCCAGAAACACACAGCAGGAAGGUAGGUUAAGAUGGCCUGACAGUACCAGCUUUCUCUUUGAAAAAAUACCCGUGUGGUGUUUUUUCACUUAACUACUCCCUGUCCUUCCCUGAAGAAAGAAAAGCAACCACUUCCAAAAAGCAGCUCUCUACUUCAUCUCAUUCACAGGUAAUUCAAACCCCUUAAAAUAAUGGAAAGUUUAUUUGCAUGAAAAACUUGUUUACAAUCAUUAAUAA